UUCGUCUAGAUAUGUGUGAACUUGUACGCGAGUUUUUGUCUAGCCCGCAGAUAAAACAAGAUUCCUCAAGUGAGUGUACAAAACAAGACGAGUCAAACGAUCAGGAAUCUCCACUGGAUCCAUCAAGUCACCACCACCACCAUUACUAUCACUAUCAUAACCACUAUAAUACAACAUACUGCACGCACAACAACAUUAACAACUGUCAGUAUGUGCAGGUGGGGAAUGGGAACAUCAUGGAGAGAGUUCCCGAGUACCUGUCUGAGCCACCCAGUGAUGUUGAACACUGGGACGUCGAUAACGACCUUGGGUGACGAAUUUGAAAAAAUAGGGACAAAAAAAGGACAAGAAAGGGAAAAAAUGAAAAAUAACUUGGGUUGGGUUGAAAACCCAUUGCUGCUGAUGAGGAGGAGGAGAAAUUACAGACACAAUAUGAUGUCUCUAAUUAUUAACCACCAAAGUUAAUGACCAGUCCGCGAUAUUUAAAAUCUCUAGUUAAUUGCGUUAUUGAUGAUGUCGCUACAAGUAUGUUAAUGCCUUAUACUCAUUGUGUGUCUUUGAUAUUUAUUAAAGGUGACUUAGAAGUUCACAGUCCCCAACGCACGGUCUCUAAAAGCAAGGCGGGGAAAGGGUCGGGACGAAAUAUGUGACUUUGAAAAUUAGGUCUAGACGACCCAUCCACACACUCGUCUCAGUUUUUAAUGUGAGGUUUAUAAAUGUACCCUGCAGUGGUGCUAUUUCAUCCCAUCCACCCAUCCUCAAACACACUGUAAAAAAUUGUACACGUAUCACAGGUGUGGAGGUGGACCAUGUGUCAUUAUGAAGAAAGCUCAGUUUUAAGGAAAUCCAAUGUGUAACUCAAUCCAAGGAGUUGUACAUGAAUGUAUAACCCUUUGCUCAUCCAAAAGUUACUCAUGGCAGUCGCUCUGGCUGUCACAGGUUAAGAGUUAGGGUUAUUGGCCUCCGCAGAAAAUGCCCAGGUAAGUCAAAGUCAUUGAAGGGAGGAUAAUGACUGGCUGGGUACCCGCAAU